CUUUAUUAAAUACCAUGAAGUUUCAAAUUUCAUGGUCUCCAAGUUCCUCGAACGACAACAUGCAGACAGCCGAUUCAGACAUAAAUUUCUCCAAGGCGGUCUCAGACAUAAUCGACACAUUGCAGAAUAUACCACGUUCACAAACAACUAUCACAAACCUCGAAAAUCCGUAUUCCAGAGCCACUGUCCCAAAUCCUAAUCAUGCAAUCGAACGCCAGCAGCAGUUGGAUACAAUUUUGCACGAGAUCUCAGACUUGCAGACAGUCAUGAAUAAGAUCCAAAAUCUUUACGGGCAACUUGUCGAAAAGAAGGACGAAAUCAUCGAGUCCAUCAAUUUGCACGGGAGACUCGGAUCGCCAGCUCUGUGGCGCUUGCCGCCAGAAAUCCUAUCCCACAUUUUCGUUUACUGUCUCCCAGAAGACGAGUAUUUGGCGCCUGCAUCAAGGCUGGCUCCCGUCCUAUUGACCAGAAUAUGCAGACGAUGGAGGGAGGUUGUUGUGGGCAUGCCCAGGUUAUGGUGCAGCCUGCGGUUGGAAGCCGAGCACGAUGAUUGGCAUCAAAGAGCUUCUUGCUACGAUGCAUGGCUCAAGCGAACCCUAGGUCGACCGCUCUCGCUGGCACUUCACUUCAAGUACAGUAACGGGACCCGACGAGUGCAACGCCUUCUUCAGCCUUAUAGUCAUCAAAUUCAUUCUCUCUAUAUCGAUUUUCACGGAGUGGACGACUCUGCAUUUUCAUUCAAUUUUUGCCCAGCACUUCAGGAACUAAGCGUUGUUGGUCAUACCGCAGCUGUUGCACAACCCAUCUCGCGACUGUCGUCCACGUUGACCAAUCUCAAGUUUCCAGGGAUGUGGUGGUUUGACAUCGAGCUUCUAUCUUCUUUUGCUCCCGUAUGGGCCAACCUAACAGAAGUCGAGAUCUACGUAGAUAAACAAGACGCAUUCAUCCAUCUGCUCCAGCUAUGUCCCAACCUCUCCUCGUUAAAGACUGGCAUAGUAGUAUCCCAGAUACAGGCCUUGGAGCCAUUCACGCACGCCACACUUGAAUCCUUGCAUCUCUGUGGCGGGGGUCGGAUAUUUGGAAAUCCAUUAUCAGGCGUAUUCAGUGCUCUCUCACUUCCCAAUUUACGCGUACUUGAUGUUUGGAAUACAUUAAUGUGGCCCCAUGAGGAGUUUAAAGCAUUUCUGGCACAGUCAGAACGUCCCCUGGAGAACUUGAAUUUUGGCGCUCUAGCGAUUACCACAGAGGAACAACGAGCAGAAUAUGUUUCAGUCGUUCCUUUCCUCAAAGUAGUAGUAGAUCCCAACCUUGUAUAGUGACUGCAUAAUAUUGGCUACCCUACGAGUACUGGUACUCCAUAAUAUGUAUUAGUUGUACCAGCCCUCGUAAUAUCUCUAAUUCCCAGCAAAUUCAACUGAAGGUAUUGACCUCCUAUAUAUUUUGAUAGAUGUGAUGAUAGACUCAAGUCGUG